UUGAAGCAGUAACCUAGAUACUUCCAAAGAACAAACCAACUAUAAAACCCCCCUCAACCUUUCUUCUUUUCUCCACACAAAAACUACAGCAUAUGUCUCAAAGGCCUUCCGUUCCUCACUCUUCUUCUAUAGCUUGUGGUCUCCAUUCUCAUCUCCUGGUCUCCAGUGAGAUGAACUCUAACUCCAAUUGGUCCUAUUCUAAUUGCCACUAGUUAUUAUUAGAUCUACAAUUAUUUCAUUCUUUUUCUCCUAAAUUUUUUUCUAUUCUUUCAAACCUUUUUCUCAAAAAAACCAAAGCAUCAUGGGUGUCAAAGGUUUUGUUGAAGGAGGCAUUGCUUCCAUUAUCGCAGGUUGUUCCACCCACCCACUUGAUUUAAUCAAGGUUCGUAUGCAGCUCCAAGGCGAAAACGCUCCCAAACCGAACCCGGUUCAUAACCUCCGACCGGCACUUGCUUUCCAAACCGGAACAACUUCCAUCCACGUGGGGCCUACUCCGCUCCCACAACCUCGUGUGGGUCCCAUCUCAGUUGGUGUACGUCUCGUCCAACAAGAAGGCGUCCGAGCUCUCUUCUCCGGCGUCUCCGCCACCGUGCUCCGGCAGACUCUCUACUCCACCACCAGGAUGGGCCUUUACGACAUCCUUAAGACUAAAUGGUCAGAUCAAGCUAGCGGUAACAUGCCGCUGGCUCGCAAAAUCGAGGCCGGACUCAUUGCCGGCGGAGUCGGAGCCGCGAUUGGAAACCCUGCCGAUGUAGCCAUGGUUCGAAUGCAAGCCGAUGGAAGACUUCCAUCGGCUCAGCGUCGGAACUACAAAUCUGUCGUGGACGCCAUUACAAGAAUGGCGAAACAGGAGGGCGUGACAAGUCUCUGGCGCGGUUCAUCUUUAACAGUGAACCGCGCUAUGUUAGUCACGGCCUCCCAAUUAGCCUCCUACGAUCAAUUCAAGGAGAUGAUUCUCGAGAAGGGAGUGAUGCGUGAUGGACUUGGGACCCACGUGACAGCGAGUUUUGCGGCGGGAUUUGUGGCGGCGGUGGCAAGUAACCCAGUGGAUGUUAUUAAAACGAGGGUGAUGAAUAUGAAGGUGGAGGCAGGUAAGGAAGCACCUUAUGCUGGUGCUUUGGAUUGUGCUUUGAAAACGGUUCGUGCUGAAGGUCCUAUGGCUCUUUACAAAGGGUUUAUACCUACAAUUUCGAGGCAGGGUCCUUUCACUGUUGUUCUUUUUGUUACUCUUGAGCAGGUUCGCAAGUUGUUCAAAGAUUUCUGAGUAAGUAGAUCGAUGAUGAUGACGAAGAUUUUUAGUUUAAGUUUCGAUUCCAAUAAACUCUGUUUGAAAUUAUUUUCCUAGUGUUCUGUUGUUAUGAAAUGGUAAUUUUGUUAUAAUGUUAUUUGAUUAAUGAAAGUGGCAUUCAACAAACAAUUUAAGGAAUAUUUUUAAAUUGAGAAUUUGACAGUUUGACCACAGCAAA